AUGGACGAUCCAAACGAUGUCGCGCACCUGGACCGCGCGUCUGUUGAGUUGAGAGUUAAUAAGACAAAGACCAGGAAGGCGAAGAAGAAAGACGCCGGGCGACUGGAAAAAUUCGGUCAAUGGCUGCUUGAAAAUCAGAUCGGCCUUGCGUUUCACACCGUCUGGCCCCUUCUUCUUGCGCACAUCUUCGUCCCCGCGACCCGCCCAUUCACGUCGAAGUUCUUCGGGCUUUCAUACUACAACCCAAACACCGGCAAAUAUGGCGCCGGCCAUAACGAUCUCUGCUUCGUCGCGUUCUGUAUAGUGCUCUGCAUCGGCAUCCGCGCGUCCUUGAUGCGUCAUGUUCUCUCCCCCCUUGGCCGACGCUGGGGCAUCAAGAAAGAGAAAGAUGAGACGCGAUUCGCGGAACAAGGCUGGAUGCUGACCUACUACGUAGUUUUCUGGCCUCUGGGGAUGUACCUCUACUGCAAAUCACCUUAUUACCUAAAUAUGAAGGAGUUGUGGUCCAAUUGGCCUCAAAGAGAGCUCGAUGGGCUCAUGAAGAUAUACAUACUGGCUCAAUGGGCAUACUGGGCCCAGCAGGUCAUUUCCGUCAAUAUCGAGGAAAAGCGAAAGGACUACGUGGAAAUGCUGGUCCACCACGCAAUCACACUAUCUCUCAUCGCCGCAAGCUACGCAUAUCAUCAGACACGAGUCGGCCAUUUGAUCUUGGUACUGAUGGAUGUGAUUGAGUUGAUCUUCCCUCUGGCGAAGUGCCUCAAGUACAUCGGCUUCAAGAAGGUCUGCGAUGUGGUCUUCGGGGUUUUCUUGUUUGUCUGGGUCUGUACCCGGCACGUUUUCUACCUCAUGGUAUGUUGGAGUGUCUACUAUGACCUACCAAAAGCCGUGGAGAUGCCGUGUUUCCGGGGCGCACCUGGCGAAAUCGAGGGACCAUUCCCCGCGCCGACAGAAGGCUGGUCGCACCUUCUGGAGCCAUUUAAAGACCCUGCGGGAACUGUGUGCUUCACUGACGGCGUCCGCCGAGGCUUCUUGACGUUUCUGCUGGCUCUCGAGGUCGUCAUUUGCGCGUGGUCUUUCUUCAUCAUCCGGGUCACGGUGCGCGUUCUCAAGGGCGCCUCAGCUGAAGAUGUCAGGAGCGACGUGGAGGAGGCUGAGGAAACGGAGAACGAGUACGAGGUGGUGGAGGCCGUUGAGGAGGAAGUGGGUGUUGACUCCAUCGAUCUGAAAGCAUGGGAGCGUCGCAACUCCAAGAAGGAUACGGGCUCAAGGGUGACUGGCGUCAGAAUUCGCAGUCAUAGUGACCGGAAGGACUUCCUCAACAGGAUUGGUUGCGAGAAGCAGAUUGAUUAA